AGCACUGAACCCUACGGAGCGGGCUCAGACCACGGGAGAACCUCCGUUCACUUACACUUGGAAAAACCACCUUUGGUACCAAGACGAAUGUGGCGACAAACAGACUGGAAGCUAUUGGAGAACCACAUGUCAAACAUUUCCAUCCCUGCAGAGGCAUGGGAAACCAAGGAACAUACGGAACAAACUGUCGAUUUCUUCUUAGAACUGGUCAGGUCAACAGUCAGCAUAGUAACACCACUCUCGAAGGAGGGGGUAAGAGCCAACUCCUGUUGGUCAGAUGAAAUGAAACAAAUGAAGGCAAGGGUAAAUGCAGCAGAAAGGAAGGCGAGAAACACAAGGAAACCCAAUCACGUGGAGGAACACCGGAAGGCUUGCAGAGAAUGGACAGUCAUGAUCCGGAAGGCAAAAGCGGACCAGCGGGAAAAGACGAUGAACGAGGCGAAAGGUAGUGAAGUCUGGAGAAUCCUAAAUGCAGGAAGGAGACGAGACACAAUCAUACCAACCAUACAAGGUGAAGAAACGUUCACGGGGAAGUGUCAAGCUCUAAGAGCCCAACUUUUCCCCUCGAAACGGACGUCCCCCGACCAUCCCCCCUUAAACAUCAGACCCCCCUCUUUUGACCUUAGCAACACCUUCGACAUAGUCACCCCUGAAGAACUUAACAAAGCAAUCGACUCCUGUCCAGCGCACUCGGCGACCGGCCCGGAUGGCAUCCCUUAUACCUUUAUUAAAGCAAUAGUCAGGGCAAACACAACUCUAAUUCAAGACAUGUUCUCCACCAUGCUCCAGCACGGGGUACACCCAGCGGAAUGGAAAAUAGCAAAGUGUAUCCCGAUCCCGAAACCCGGUAAAGCAAACUAUCAUGAAGCGAAAGCCUACCGGCCCAUUUCCCUUCUACAAUGUUUCAGCAAAAUCCUGGAGAAGAUAGUGGCCCAAAGACUCUUCACCGCUGGAGAAAUCCUGGGCACACUCUCAGUAAACUAA